AUGAACUACUACACGAAGCAGGAGAUGGACGGGGGGAUGCGGUACACGGGGAAGUGCCGCAUCGGGAACUGGAACGAGAACGACACCAUGGACGAGGUGCGUCUCAAGGACUACAUAGCAAAGCGCGAGUCCGGCACGCUCAAGAUGGACAAGUUCAACAAGCGCAUGGCGACCGCGCUCCAGAAGGUCGAGCUCACGAAAGGCCCGGACGAGUACGUCCGCUUCGGCGACGUCAUCCAGCUCGAGAACCUCAGGACGGGCGCGGUGAUCAGCGUCGACGCGGAGGCGCGCGACCCGCGACCCGCAGAGAACGCCUGCGCGGUGUCGGCUUCGUUCCAAACUUCGCCGUGCGCUCGGAACACGUUCACUCUGGAGCGGUACGCGCCCACGAACCCCAACGCGAUGCACGACGCGUACGACGACGACCUCCUUCACUACGGCCAGAAGGUGAAGCUCGUGGUGAACCCGGCGGCGUUGGAGGAGGUUUCGCACGGCGGCGUUCUCGCGCGGUUAAAGUCGUUUCCGGUUUCGCAGACGCACUUUUCGAAGCUCGCGAGGGAGUGCGAGUACGUCGCGUCGUGGAACGACGGGUACGAGUGCGUGUUCCAAAUCUUGACUCCGGACCCGACGAAGCGGCUCGUGAGCGAGGGCGUCGCCGUCAUGGCGGGCGCGCCGAUCGUCAUGCUCCACUGCAACACGAACCAACUCGCGUCGGUGAGCGGCGCGGCGUUUGAAAACGAUUUCGGCCAGGAGCUCGAGGUGAGCGGGAAAACCGCGGUCGGCGCGGGUAACUCGUACGUCAUGGAGGGGAUCGCGACGGGGAAGCCCCAGAGCAUGUCUCAGAAGGCGCCGCAGGACGUGAACGUGUUCACGAUCGUGUCCGGGGCGACGCCCGCGGCCACGGCGUGACGCGACGCGACGCGCGCGGGCUGGCGAAGGGAAGUUAAGUUUCUUCGAAGCGUUUUGUAAUUAUUACUCGCAACUUACGACCUC